UACAAUUGUAUUUCACAAUCUGUAACACUUCAGCGAUACAGAUUGGAUAUGUUACACAUUUGCAAAACGUAUUAUAUGUUACGAAUUCUGUCUAGGUGGCUCGGCAGCAAAUGUUAGCUGGGCUAAUGGUUAGGGUUAAGUUUAGAAGUUACGUUAAAGGGUUCCGGUUAGGUGAAGGGUUAGCUAAAAUAGUUAAGGUUAGAGGAAGCGUUAGCUAGAUGUUUUAAGGUUGGGGGAAGGGUUAGCUAACAUGCUAAGUUGUUGAAAAGUAUCUAAAAAAUAGUAAGUAGUUGAAAAGUUGCUAAAGUUGUCCAUGAUGAGUUUCGAACUCGCAACCUUUUGCUAGAUGUUCAUGUUAUACGCCCACCCUACUUUCGUUUCUGCCUUAAGUAACCAUCUGUCUUAUCUAAACACAUUAAACGUAACAUAUACUAAUUUGAGUGUCCCCGAUUUAAAUUUGCCAUGUGUUAUCUUGUCUGAAACCAGGCUGGCAAAAAUAUGGGGUAAUACAGAGGAGUUGGCGUAGAUCGGCGGUAUUCAAAGUCGGGGCCGCGACCCCUAGCGUGGUUGCAGGAAGCUGGAGUCGGGUCUCUAAAGCAGAUUAUUGCAUGAGCCAAUACACACACGUUUUCCAGAAAGAUUAUUUGAAAAAUACAAUGUAUUUUAUUUUGCUAAGAGAUGAAAAUGUUAUGAAUUGAAGGUUAUUUGUUAAUGUAUAGCUGGCAGUAUACCACCCUGCAUACCACUGCUGACUUGCUUCUGAAGCUAAGCAGGGUUGGUCCUGGUCAGUUCCUGGAUGGGAGACCAGAUGCUUCUGAAAGUGGUGUUGGAGGGCCGGUAGGAGGCACUCUUUCCUCUGGUCCUAAAAAAUGCCCCAGUGCAGUGAUUGGGGACACAGCCCUCUGUAGGUUGCAAUCUUUUGGAUGGGAUGUUAAACGGGUGUUCUGACUCUCUGAGGUCAUUAAAGAUCCCGUGGCACUUAUCGUGAGAGUAGGGGUGUUAACCCCGGUGUCCUGGCUAAAUUCGCAAUCUGGCCCUCAAACCAUCACGGUCCCCGAAUAAUCCCCAGUUUACAAUUGGCUCAUUCAUCACCCUCCUCUCCCCUGUAACUAUUCCACAGGUCGUUGCUGCAAAUGAGAACGUGUUCUCAGUCGAUUUACCUGGUAAAAUAAUGGAUAAAAAAACAUGAUUAUUUUUUCGAAAUGUAAGGAUUUUAGGUUGUGUCAUGAUUUUUUUGGGGGGGGGUUAGCUAGCUAGAGAUUGUUUUGCCAUAUUAGCAUGGACGUGACAUUAGUCAAAACACCUCAAAAGAAGACAUGGUAUCAAGAACAAGGUGUAUGUGUAUUAUCAUUUUUGUUAAUAUACAGAACAAGGUAAAACAAGCUGAAUCGCACUGCCUCCCAGGCGUGAACUAGGUGCCCAACUCUGUCUGACCGCGAAGUUGGCUCAAAAUUAAGGAGACUUAAGCACGUGUAGUUAUGAGUAAGAUUCUGUGUUUUCCCAUGCAAAAGUGAUUGCUUUUGAUAUACACGCUUUAUUAUCUGCCUUGCCAAUAAACCCUUGUUUGAAAAUUCAAACAUAGUCUAUAUUUUAUCGUAAAGAGGUUGUAGCUUGUAUUUUUUGGGGGACGGUGCACCAUGUUGCCUUGUUGACAACAUGACUAAGUGACGCAGAUUUCUGUUUAUUGAGAAAAGCGCUCUUCCCUCGUUCACAUCACGGGCCAUAGACCAGUGUCCCGCAGUUCAGCAUAAUCGAAUCCGCCCAAUGUUGCUCUCAAUCGGCUCACGGCCUUCUGCCCUAUUGAACCGCGCGCAUUGUUUUUGUGACGUGAUCGCAUCAGUCGUCUAUAGGUCCGUCGAAGAAAGUUUCUGGUUGGAAAUGUGGCUUGAUUAGUAUAUUUCCAAGAUAUAGCUCCGCUACGUACAGUAAUUCCCUUGAUCGCGGGUGAUCAACUUCAAAGAAAGAAAACACUUUGGAAUGUAUCGUCAGCAUGCAAAGUCUUUGACACCAGGUGUGAAGCAGCUAGCUGACCUAGCUGAACACUAGGUGGGCCUACGUUUUGGGGAAAAUGCUCUCCAGCGCUGAGGUGCCCCCAAACCGCCCUGUUGCCAGCAACCACCACAACAGUCCCGGAAACUCAGGUUCUCAGUAUGCCUUGUGUGCCCUGGGGGUGGGACUGGUGGCCCUGGGCAUUGUCAUGAUCGUAUGGAGUGUGGUGCCCUCCGACAUGGCCGGGAACAACAGCAGUGGCACCGGAGGAGGGAACCCGAAACCGGACACUAGGGGGAGGACUUCAUCGGUGGCCUUUGUACUGGUCGGGGCUGGAGUGGCCAUGCUCCUGCUGUCCCUGUGCCUGGGGAUGAGGAACAAGCAGCGGGAGCAGCAGGUGCUCCUAGAGGCCCAGACUCUGGGGGCAGGCAACGUAGCUACCAGUGAGGACGACGGAGAGACGGCAGAGGAGCGAGCCCAGAGGUACACUGUGCCCAGCUACGAGGAGGUGGUAGGCAGCGGCGAGUACCCCAUACGCCAGAGCAACUUGCGCCACAGCUCCUCCCAGCUGCCCUCCUACGACGACCUGGUGGACGGUGUGCAGAUGGAGCUGGAAGGGUCAGAUGUCACCCAGACGUCACCCGCUUCCGCUAACCCUGCCUCCUCUGCUGUGCCUAACCGCCGCACUGGGCGAACGGGCCUCAAGCUCCUUCCCCUUAAGAUCCGGAGGAUUAAAUCGGAGAAGCUCUUUAUGAAUAACACGGAUAACUCUCAGCCACCGGGAGGGAUCACUAUUGAGCCGCUCACUCCGCCACCAAUGUAUGAGGACAAAGCACCCCAGCUCUGAGACUUGGCACCUUCUAGGUUUCAAAGCAGGUUACUGAAGCCACUGUGUCCCACUAGGUGUGAAUUGGUGGUGCAGUGCUACUAUAGAUGUGAUCAGAUGGCCCUUGUCAUGCAUCUGUGGUUAAAUCAUCUCGAUGGCACUUGUCAUGCCUACCUGGCUGAGGACUUUUCUUUAGACCUGCAACUCAAGCGCAGUGAGUACUGUUCCAUACGUGGGGCACUGGCAUUUGAGUAGAUCUUUGGGGCAACUCUAAUGUUGCUGGACAGAGGGAACACCUGGACAGAGAGUACACAUCCAAUUUCCGACUAUGAUUACAAGGACAUUGAAGCUUGGUUCAAAGGAUCAAUAGUAUUGGGGGAAAUUCUCGGCAUGUCUUUGAUGCCUUUUAUUCCUUUACCACGAGUACUUACUCUGGUCCAAAUCUUCUUUGUAUGCAGAUGACCAUCUUUUAUUUUCCUCUGUCUGCUAUAUUAUUUCAAGUUCCGUCUUCAUCCUCAGUCUAGUCGUGUUAUAGAUGUAUUAUUCAUGUCUGAGUUUUGUAUUCUGUACAGCUACUUAGACAGCUGCUCCUCACAUUUUGGGAGAAGUGCUAUUUGGCGACUGACUCAAUGGCCACCUUACUCAGACAGUGUUUGUGUGUUGCUGCCUGGGUUGCUCGUCAAUAGAGGACAAUUGAGAGAGACCGAGGCUCAUGGGUAGUUGGAAGCCUUUGCCCUGUAGCCAUGGUGAAAUGGGGUUGGGCUCUGAAGGCAGUAGUGUAGUCCAGCUCUUUUCCUUUCCUUUUUUUUUUUUUUUUGCUCAAUAGAGGAGAACACAAGGGGGACUUUCUCUGAGCAGCUGGGAGCUGGGAUAAUGGCACCCAUUGCUCACUCACUCAUCACUCUUGAACUAUUCUUCACUAGCUCCUUGACUGGCAGCACUUUCAUUAGGAGUAUUCAGAGAAUGAACUUCUGGUGUCCAUGGUUUGACCCCGAUUUUUGUUUAGUGGAGCGAAAAUACAUCAGUACCUUUAUCUCUCGAGCCUGUUUGUUUUAUGCUUAUGAGAGUAUGGAAAUUAGCGAGUCCAUGAAGUGUUUGGAAGUUAAGAAUGUUAUUUUAUUAUCAUACGGAUACUAUUUUCUGAUGUCAUGUUGAUGAACCUGUUCAACAACUAUUCACUACUUUUUAGAUGGGAACACAAACUGUACACAACAGUAGCCUUUUUUGUGUAACUGAACACUUAAUAAACCAGCAAAUGCAUACCUAUGCACACAGAACAAGAAUAGGCUUUUUUAAUUAGAAUUGAAUUGCUGAAUUACUAUGCUAAACAAAAAUGUAAAUGUAAAGUGUUGGUGCCAUGUUUCAUGACCUGAAACAAAAGAUCCCAGAAAUGUUUCAUAUUCACAAAAAGCAUACCGGUACUUCUCAUUUUCUGAACAAAUUUGUUUACACCCCUGUUAGUGAACGUUUCUCCUUUGCCAAGAUAAUCUGUCAGGUGGAUGGGUGUGGCAUAUCAAGAAAAUUAUUAAACAGCAUAGGUAUUACACAGGUGCACCUUGUGCUGGGGGCAAAAUGAAAGGCCAAUCUAAAAUGUGCCAUUUUGUCACACAACACAAUGCCUUCGAUGUUACAUUUUGAGGGAGUGUGCAAUUGUCAUGCUGCCUGCAGGAAUGUCCUUUAGAAAUGUUGCCAGAAUUUAAAUGUUAAUUUCUCUACCAUAAGCUGCCUCCAAUGUCGUUUUAGAUAACUGGCCUCAACCACAGACUACAUGUAAUCACGCCAGCCCAGGACCUCCACAUCUUUGCUGAAGAGUAUUUCUGUCUUUAAUAAAUCCCUUUUUGUGGGGAAAAACUCAUUAUGAUUGGUUGGUCCUGGCUCCCAAGUAGGUGUGCCUAUGCCCUCCUAGGCUCACCCAUGGCUGCUCCCCUGCCCAGUUGUGAAAUCUGUAGAUUAGGGCCUAAUGAAAUUAUUUCAAUUAACUGAUUUCCUUAUAUAAACUGUAACUCAGUAAAAUCUCUGAAAUUCUUGCGUUUUUAUAUUUUUGUUCAGUACAGUUUAUACAUGUAAAAUAGCAUGCACAUCAUGUAGAUUUUAGUUUUAUACAUUGAUUUUGUACAAUAUUGUUGACGGUAUUUGCAGUUGUCAUGCCUAGGCAGUGCUGUGUGUGUGUGUGUGUGUGUGUGUGUGGGGGGGGGGGUGACCAGUUUUGGCUGUGAGGAAUCCGUGGCUUCAUACCAUGUUCUGUACUUAUGGGAACACUACACUCUAAAAUGAAAGUUUGUCAGAUGUUUUCAAACCUCAAAAGAAGCACUAUGUUAAGCAACGUACACAUCCCAAUCCAUUGGUUUUGUAGAUCCAACGAUAAUGUCACAACCCCAAAUUAAUGAUAAAAAUGAGCACCAGAUAUGCUUAUCUGUUUAUGAAUGAAAAAAUUGUGCUCAUCUUUUCCAUUCAUAAACCGAUCAACAUCAAGAUAAGCACCAUGGUGUCCAUCUUUUCCAUUCAUAUACAGAUAAUGUGCUAAUCUUUUCCAUUCAUUUGAGAUUGAGGAAUACAGCUGCAUCUAUACAAUCAGUGGUGUUGGACAUGGAUCCACCUUCACAUUAGACUUCUUUUGAGGUAUUAAAAACAUCUAACAAACUUAGAUUUUGGAGUGUAUUGCCCAUUUAAGAAUAUUCUUCUGUGGAACAAACAUUGUUCAUGAGUUCAAUUGACUUUUUCUCUCAACCAGCUGUAUGUAUAACAACAUUUAUUCACAUUUCAAAUAAUUAGCAUUAUUUGUAAACCACAUGAUUGGCUUGUAUGACUAAAUUUCCUUUUGUAUGUAUUGUGAAAGUAUGUUUUUGUAUGAGGAGUUCUGUCUGUUUAUGUUGACUUCGAGGAGUUCAGAAUAAUACAUUACUGUGUACAGUAAA